AGCAACAAAGAUGGCGGCGGAGGCGACGCGGCAGCAGGAGCUGAUUGGCUGAGGCGGAUCUGGCGCCGCAGCUGAUUGGCCGAGCCGCUACGUGAAAGCCGAUUGGCUGCGGCUCCUCUUUGGAUUGGCUGACGCGCUGCGUGACCCGGAAGUACCGGAGGCGCUGCCGGUGAUGGCGGCGCGGGCGGCGCUGGAGGCCGCGGCCGUGUCGCGGGACGUGGUUUUGUUCCAGCACGACCGCAGCCGCUUCUUCCGCCUCGUGGGGGUCUUCUGCGCGGGGCAGGGGCUCUUCUGGGCCUACCUGGCUCACUUCGCCUUCACGUCGCUGCGCCCCGCUCCCGGACCCGGUCCCGACGAUCCGCUGCGACCCCGCGACAACAAAUGGCGCUACGGGUUCACGGCGUCCUGCCUCACCGUCGGCUCGCUGGUGCUGGCGGCGGGCUGGCUGCUGCCGCUGCGCUCGGUGCACCGGGUGACGCUGCUGCGGGGCGGCUCCGCCGUCACCAUCGGGACCCACGGGCCGCUCGGGCUGGGCCGGCGCUCGUUCACCGUGCCGCUCCGGGACGUGUCCGGCCGCGCUCACCGGGCAGAGGUGGCCGCCGCCAUCCCCAUCAAGGUGCGGGGACGCCCCUUCUUCUUCCUGCUGGACAAGGCCGGGCAGCUCAGCGACCCCCGGCUCUUCGAUGUCACCGUGGGCGCCUUCCGAAAGUUCUAGAGCGCUGCGGGCCCGGGGGACACGCGGGGGACCCCGGCCCGCUCCCUCCGGGGGGAUUUGGGGGUGUCUCCGGUUUGUCUCCCCUCAAUAAACGCUGAGGAACCC